GCGCAACGUAAACAUGUUGAAUGUCGUUCAGUGGCUGCACUGGCGGCCGCGUGUAUUUAUAUAGGGAGCUGCAUACUCAUCGUGACGCUGAUCGAAAAGCUUGUUUCACCAGACGUUCACCAAGUGUCAAUAUAAAAAAGGCGUAAGACGAAGAACGCGCGUCUGAUAGUCUUCUUUCACAGUGGUCGCGGUAAGCCGUUGUGACACGACGUGUAUUCACGUGUAUUCUAGUUUGAUCGACCGGUACAUUUAAUCUCAACCUCCGGAGCAAUGAGACUUCCGCGGAUGUUGCUCGUUGUUGCAUACCUGCUACGCUGUCAUAUCGCUCGUUCGACAGCCGCACCGACGAGAGCUACAAGUCCUUUGUUGGAUGAAGUCGCUAUUACGCUUCAGGAUGCUGUCACAACACAAGAGUCUUUUCUUAAAAAAUGCAUCGUAGAUGGAAAUGCCUAUUCUCACAGUCAAACGAUACCAUCUUAUGACACGAAUUCGCAUUGCCUAUGCGUCGUUGGUGAAGUUUACUGUUGGUGGCAGAAUUAUAAUUCAACUAGCACUAAAUUGCUUGGUUUAUCUUCCUUGCGAUCGACCACGAUGGAGAGCAAUUACACUUCAUCUCUGAAAAUGAAUACGAACAUUAUGGAUGACUUGGAAGCUUCCGGAGAUUCUGAUUCAUCGAUUGACCAACAAGGACAUAUAGAAAUUAAUGCCUUAUCAAUUACGUCUUCUGCAUCGAUCACUUGUCUCGUUAUGGGGAGAGAAUAUCGACAGGGUGAGACUCUACCGCAUUCGACUGGGAAUUGCGUUGAAUGCAGCUGUGGUUCCGAAGGGCGCGUCGAAUGUUCACCGAGGGAUUGCGUGGCACUGCGUCCUGAGAUUUUAAUUGCACCUGAUAUACCUGAGGCGCCCGACAGUGAUUUUGAAGUUUUCAACUUAGCGCGGGAUCGAGGCAUCGAUGAGAGUUUCUAAAGCAUAACGAUCUGCCAAAAUGUAAAAAACUUGCUUACCUAUUAUUAUCGUGAUAUCAUGAAUGUUGUUGAAAAGUCAAGCGAAGUCAUUUAUAAUUUUAAAGAUUAUUUUAAAGAGUUUAAUUAAUAUUGAUUCCGAUAUAGCAGACGAAAAUCGAAUAGUCAAUGAAUCGAAUGAAAAAAAGAAAGCAAAAAAUUAUUAAAUAAUUUCAAUAAAAAGACAAAUUAUAAUUUGCUGAUCAUUUUGAAUAAACGAACAAGAUUUGAAUAAAUUACUCAAAAUUAACUCAAAAUUUGUCUUUCAAAUCUCUACUAUAAAGACUAGAGACAGGAGCAUCAACUCGUGUGCAAGAAAUAUUUCGAAGAAAUGGUCCAAAAAAUCGUCAUAAUUUAAUGGUGCUGUAUAAGCAAAUUUAAAGAAUUUUGACAACUUCGAGUAAUAUAAUGGCAGUAUAAGAAGCAUAUUUAAUACAUUUUAUCUUAAUUUGAUUAUGUACACGCACCGACAGGAAUGUCCCGGUAUGUAUGUGUGAACGGUCAACGUCAUACGCACACACGCGAAACGUGAGUCAAAAAUUUUUUCUUUAUUAAAUUUUAUCUUUUUAUAUAAUUUAAUUAUUAUUUAAUUUAAUAGAAUGAAUGCCGACCUUUAGGGCACGCUGUUAAGCUGCAUUUCUUAAAGAAAGAAAAGAAAAUAUGCAUAUCGAUACUAGAGCGCACGAAACACGUAUAUAGGGACACAGUGUCCCGCGCGAUAUAUAGCUGUCUCGCUCGCAUUUUCUCGUUUGACCAUCGAGCGAGAGAGACGGCUAUUGGACACCUCCAACUCGGUAUCACAUCUUGUAAUGCUUUCUCUCUCGCUCUUGUGUUGUGGGCGAAGGACGCAACAUCGGAAUGCCCCCCCCCCCCCCCCAAAUAUUCUAUCUCCACUUUCUCCUUCAUUGCCCGGCCCACAUACAUGCGCCCUUCGUUUGUGUGAGUGUGACAUUUGUGAGCGUCACACAAGCAUACUGGGACAUCAGUCCUGCCGGAUCGUAUACAAUCUUUUCAUUUAUUAUAUGUAAUAAAAAUACAACAUGGCAUAAUUCAACGAACUUACAUUUUUGAAUAAUGACCGCCAGCUAAUAAUA